UUUAUAGCAGAGGCAUCAGAAAGCGCAGGAGAGAAGGGACCGUCCGUGCAUCGAGGCGCAGUCAUGGCGUUGGAGCUGUAUUUGGACCUGCUCUCUCAGCCCUGCCGCUCCGUUUAUAUGUUCGCCAAAAAGAACAACAUCCCCUUUGACUUCAAGAAGCUUUCUCUGAUGGACGGUGAGCAGUAUGGAGAGGAGUUUGGGAAGAUCAGCCUGAUAAGAAAAGUCCCUGCUCUGCGAGAUGGAGACUUCUGCCUGGCUGAGAGCAUCGCCAUCAUGUUGUACCUGGCAGAGAAGUUUAAGACUCCAGACUUCUGGUACCCAGCUGAUCUCCAGCAGCGCGCUCGCAUCAACGAGUACCUGUCGUGGCAGCACAUGGCCAUCCGUAUGCAUGGAUCCAAGAUGUUCUGGCUCCGGCUUUUGAUUCCCAAGAUUCUGGGUGUGGAAGUCCCUCAGGAUAAGCUGGACGCAGCAUUGGAGGACCUGAAUGGCUCCCUGAAACUCGUUGAAGAAAAGUUUAUCCAGGACAGGCCCUUCAUUGCAGGAGAUCACAUCUCAUUGGCCGACCUGGUCGCCAUUGUGGAGAUCAUGCAGCCCGUGGGCUCUGGCCUGGAUGUGUUUGAGGGGAGACCCAAGCUGAGCGCGUGGCGGGAUAGAGUCCAGGCCGCCAUUGGAAAGGAGCUGUUCGACGAGGCCCACCAGGCCAUCCUGGGAGCCCAGGAGAGCGUGACACUGAUGGACGCCAGCAAGAUGCAGUUCUUAAAGCCCAAGAUCCUCAAGUUAUUCAUGUGAAGAGGAGAACUCUGGUUCUGUCCAAACUAACUCAGUAAAGUUUCUAACACUUUAUUAUCCAGCCUGUGAUUUACAGUGUAGCUUAGCUGUAUGAAUCAGGCACCAAUAAAAUACUUAAAUGAUAACACGACUAUGGGGAACAAUGGAGUUACACCUGAGUGUUUUAGAGGAAAGGAGAAAUAAAUGCUACUCUGAAGUGUUUCUGUAAAUACUGGUUACCUGACAAUGGUUUUAACAACCUUUUUCUUAUGGUGACACUGAAGAGUAAAAAGGGGAAAACAGCUACACAUUAUGUUGCAGCCCACAUACUUUAUUCCACUAUAGCUACAUGUAGUACCUGUAGGAAACAGUCUGUAUUUUAUUGGCGCCUGAUUCAUACAGGAUACAUUAUAAAGUGUUAGCAAGUUUCCUUCCAAACUCAGAGCCAGCCCAGACAAUACACAUAUCAUCAUACUUCUCUGUGGUUCCUUAUGUAAUGGAUAAUACACAGUGUGCAUUCCCAGCAUUUUGUAUGAAGACCUCCCACUGUUUUACAGUAAGAGCAGCAGAAUGUUCUCCUUCAUGACAGCAUCGGAUGUGCAGGACUGGGACUGGGCCAUGGAGACAGACAGACAGACAGACAGAGUUCUGGAGUCAGUCAGUUCAGACUUGGUUAUGUAACUCGGAGGAAUGUCAGCUGUGAGAUAACUGCUCCUUUGAGAGCUGCAGCAUUCCUGUGUCCACAAACAGUCAUCAGGCUGUUUCCUCAGUGCUUCACGGAGGUCUGAUGCAGUUCAUCAGCUGUGCUUCAUGUGAUGAGACAUGUUAACGCACCUUCAAGCCUUAAUAAACCCUAACUCUGCUCUC